AUGAACGCCAAAGACAAGGCACAAACAAAUAAGCGAGAGAGAGAGAGAGAGGAGGAAAAAACAUAAGGAGACGCUUCAUUCGUAUCUGAAAUGAAUACAACCACUGAGCCCCCGCCCCCAAGUGGAGGAGACGUGGCCCUGACGUACGUCCUGCUCCCGUUUUUUAUCAUCACCUUCGCCGGGAUUAUUAUAGCAGCGGUGAUGUACGUGAAGAGGAGGCAAAGGAUUGACCGGUUGCGUCACCAGCUGCUCCCGGUGUACACGUACGACCCGACUGAGGAGCUGAAUGAAGCCGAACAGGACUUGUGGAGAGAAGACGACACUAAGGGCUGGACCAUGACGUACCAACAGCGGUGGCCUCUGCUCCCGAUGGACCCGAACGUUUGACAGAAGAAGCGAUUUCCACUCCGAGGCUUUAUCUUUGACAGUUGAAUGACUGAAGUUAAGAAAUCUCUGCACUGUGCGAUUGGAAGUAUGAUAUUCAUCACUCCAGUCUCUUUUUUUUUUUUUUUCUCAAGAAAAAGAAAUACGCCACGGAGUGAGAGAAGGAAACCAAGGACACGGUCUUCUCCAUGAUUGACAUGUUGCGAUUAAUUUGUUACACCACACAUAGAAAUGUAUAUAUUUUUAGAGUACACUGAUGCACAGCUUUUUUUUUCCUUUUUUUUUAAAGAAUCCUAAUCCUAGAAGUCCUUUAAUUGUGGCACAGAAGCAAAUACAGUACUGAAAAUGAGAAAUAAUAUAUGAAGUCUGAUUGUGUUUAUUACUGAUGACUGACCCGACGAAACCAACCAGGAUGUUAACCACUUCGGAGACAGUUAAAAUCGUACUUAAUUUUCAUGUUAAAUGGUUUCGUUAUGGAAACCUUUUGGAGAUGCUGGAAUUUUAAGCAGCAUGUGUACAUGACCUGCACUAAAUCGUUAAGUUAUUCCACGAAAUCGAGUCGUACAUGAGCUGAUAGCGGCUAUAAUCCAUGUACGACAAGUUUGUUUGUUUGUUUUAUUCUAUCCUAUCCACAUUCACUGGAUUUUGAGAAACAGAGCAUUUUUAUUUUGCUUUUUUGCAAAUUCGAUAAAUAAAAACUUUACGCAAAACGUCCGACAAAAUCAU